ACCAAGAUGGGAUGUAUAUCAAUAUUGGAAGAGCUAGUCGUCAGUCAUCUUCUGAUACAGAUGACUUUAUUCCUUCCAAAGCACCAACAAGAGAAAACGAUUUAGAUGAAGGCACCACAUAUCAAAACUUACCUGAUAUAUUGACUACCGUUAAAAUCGAAGAUUUAAAGGAAUACAUUAAACUGAAAGAUUCAAAUGAAGGUCUUCAGUCCGAGUACAAGACAAUCCCUUACGGUCCACAACACCCUACAACUACAGCUCAACGGAAAGAGAAUUUGUUAAAGAACAGAUUUAAAACAACAUUUCCUUAUGACCAUACCCGAGUAACUUUGCACGUUACUCCUGGAUCGUCGAAUACAGAUUAUAUCAAUGCAAAUUUUGUUGACGGUUUUGAGAGAGAAAACUGUUAUAUAGCAUCGCAAGGACCAUUAAAGCAUACAUUCCAUGACUACUGGACAAUGAUCUGGCAAAACAACACUAGGACGAUCAUAAUGCUGACCAAUCUGAUUGAAGGGACAAAAGAAAAAUGUGGUAAAUAUUGGCCUGAAGGAGGAAAGCCAAUGGUACUAGGACACUUUAUUCUCACACUGCAGUCAGAAAAAGAAAGAGCAGCUUAUAUUACCAGAGAAAUAUCUGUUGAAGAUAAAAAGACGAAGCAGAAACGGAUUGUUAUCCAGUACCAUUUCACAACCUGGCCUGAUCAUGGAACACCAGAUCCUCUGUACCUUGUAUUGUUUCAUAAACGUGUGAUAUCAGAUCAGUCUGAUGCUCAAAAUGGCAAACUUCUUGUGCACUGCAGUGCUGGCAUUGGAAGAACAGGAACAUAUAUUGGACUAGACGCUCUUUACGAUGAGGGACGUGUCACCGGCUGUGUCGACAUUGUCAAGUUUGUAAAGAAAAUGAGAUACAGUCGAAUGAAUAUGGUGCAGACCCCUGAACAGUAUGUGUGUUUACACUAUGCCUUGUUAGAAGCUUUUAUCAUGAAAGAUACAAAUAUCAGAAAAGAAGAAUUUGGAACAAUUUGGCGGGAAAUACAGUCUGAUAAACAACCAAUUAAUCAUCAAAAACUGUACAAAGAAUUUAAGAUGCUAGAAACUAAGAAAUCCGAGCAUGGAAAGUCCGAGUUUACAUCUGCCCUUAGUACAGAAAAUAUACAGAAAAACAGAAACAAAUCAGUCAUUCCAUCGGACAACAACAGACUGUUUCUAACAUCAUAUGAAAAAGGAAGAACUGAUUAUAUCAAUGCUAUUCAAGCUCCGUCAUACACAAAAUUUGUGGGAUAUCUGACGACACAGCUUCCAUUGCCUGAGACUAAAAUCGACUUUUGGACAAUGGUCAGGGACCAUUGCUCAUCUACUAUAGUCAUAUUUAUAAACGAACAAACGGAGGCUGAGUUAGUAUAUGCAACCACAGACGACACAUUUUCUUGUGGUUCUUUCACCAUGAAGAUAACGAGACGAGAAAAGGAGGAAUUCAAUAUAUUAUCGUGUACAGUAGUUAUGUCAAGAAAGGAUGAAAAGGCAAGGGAGGUUGUAAUAUACUGUGCUGUUUGUAGUGGCUAUCCUAAGCCAGGUGUUUUAUGUAAACUGGUCAAUAUGAUAUCAACACGUGUCAGUAUGUCACAUGAUGCAGUGACUGUUGUCAGCGGUGAUGGUGCUAAAAACUGCGGACUGUUUUGUACGUUUGCAAACGCUGUCUCAAGUAUGACAAUAGAUGAUAGCGCUGACAUAUUCCAGCUGGCUAGGCUACUACAGUUGAGGAGACCAGAGUUUUUUGCUGAUUUUGAUGAGUAUCGUCUGUGUUAUGAGGCUUUGAACUUUUAUUUGGAGUCAACAAACGUGUAUGCAAAUUUCUGAUUCCCUGAGAAGUUAAUAGACUCCAGAAUGGUAUAUUUCUGGUUACAAUGAUAUUACACUGUAUUGUGCAUACACAACAAAGAACGCUUCACAUAUGUAUUUAUUUAUCAUUUAUAUUAUUUUUAAGGAUCCAUUCUCAUGACUGAACUGUUUUUAUAUACCGUCUAGUGUACUCACUCUUGCUGCGGUUCGCAAAGAGCUAUGCUCCUUUAAGAAAUCUUCAAGACAGGCGAAUAUCUUAUAUUCAUUGGAACAAUAUAACAAGACGCAUAUUGAUUUUGUUCGAAUAUACUUUUUAUCACUGAUAAAGAUAGAAUGUUACCGCUUUACUGGAAUUAAAGUCAUUUUAAAAUGGUACAAUUUUUUUCCUCUUUACUUGUAUGGUAAGAUGUUUUUCAAUUCAUUGAUUUCAUUUGUUCGAAAAAAAAAUUAUGAUUCCGGUUACCCUGUUGAAUCAAAUACUUAACAGUCGUGUUAUUUAAUUAACAAUACAUCUUUUUGAAAGCCAAAAACAACACCAUCUUCAAUGCCAAUCAGUGUUCCUACUUUUACAAUUAUUAACAAGGAAUUUUUAGUGAUUUCCAAAUAGUUCAAGCAUACUACUAAAUUAACACUGAGUCCCUGUAGCACAUGAUAUAAAACGUUUUUGCCAAAUACAGAUGUUUGUUUCGUGUAACUGUAGUUAAUAGUCCGUAGAAUGGAUUUUAUCAUGUUUUUAAGUUCACUAUUAAUAUGAAAAGUAUUGUUUUUCAUGUCCAAUUUGUUUGUGUAUCAAAUGAUUAUUGUCAACUGUCGAAUGAACUGGCUUCUACUGCUAUGUGCUUACACCAAAACUUUCAAAAUCAUUGAGAUGUAUGCUAAUGUUUUUAUACUUUCUAUUUAAUAUUUUUUUUUUAUUAUAAAUUAAUUUCUAACAUAUAAUGUGAUUUUCCUUGUAUAUGUAACUUUUAUGCAUAACUGUGAUGUUCAGAAUGAUCACUUUAUAGCAACUUCCCAUCACAGACGGACUUUCUCUGUCCACUAUACGAACAAAGGUGUUAAUGAAUUUAUAUAUCCAGAACUACUUUUUUAUUUUAAGUGCUAUUUACAAAACCGCAAUACAGGGUCUUUGACACCUUAUAUUCAAGUUGUCAAAUACACAUUUUUCACACUGUGUGAACAGUCCUCCUAAAUAUGCAUGAAAUAUUUUUCACUGGACGUUAAGCAACUAAUAUUCAACCAAUAAUCGUCUCUACAAAGUUUCUCGAUGUUCAUUACUUGUAAAUGACAUUAUCAAACGCGAGAUCGGCCAUGCGCCUUCUUAUCUUCGUAAACAUGUCACUCAAGAAACUAACUCUAGACCAUUUUAUAUCACAAGUCCCUGAUAAUAGUCUGCAGUCUCAUUGUUUUCACUUUAGUGACACCUUAUUGUAUAUUACAUAGCAAAAAUAAAUGUUGUAAAGAAAAUAAAUAAAUUUCGGUUUGACUUUGACACCAACGCAUCCGAAUGCAGAAUGUGUUCCAGCAUAAUAAAACACAAUUUUAUCAAAUUUAUAUGGAACAAGUUUAUCGAAAUCCUAUAUACAAAUUUACUAAAGGCUAUUUAAUUUGUUUCUGCAGGUUAGUUGUUGGUUUUUAGAUAAACCGUUUCAUAAGUUGUACCCUUUAAAUAUUGCUUCAUUUUACCUAUUUAUAUAUAUUUCCGCUAUCAAGAUCAGAUGCAAUAUAUAAACCGAUAUUUCUCUAUUUGUUGAAUAUUUAAAGAAAAUAAAAACUUAAAUUUGCCAUGCUUUUAAUGUUGUACAUCAAACGCACGUAUUUUCUAUAUAAAAGUAUUCAUAUUAGUCAAGUCAAAUCAUGGCACUGUAAACCAUAAAUUCCCCCCUAAAAACGGCAAAUAAUUUUCUUAUAGAUACCAGGAUUAAAAGGUUAUCCGCCAAACGCGUUUAGUCUUAAAACAAUCAUCAGUGUCUCAAAUGAAAGUAGUUAUAAAGGCAUAAUAAACGUACGGAGUUGAAGAGUGCUGAGAACCAAAACUUCAGAAAGGUUUUGACCAUUCCAACUUAGAUUACCUAUAAUCAAAUGCAAUGAAAAAGAACCAAUGGUUUUCCGUUUAUUGCACAUUUUAAAUGAAAAGAAAAUGUAUGUACGCUAUUAAUUGAUAACGUAUGUUAACACAGAAAUUAACUAUGUUCAUAAUUAUUUGCCGAUACCCGCGGGGACGAAAUAAAGACUUAUUUAAACAACCGUUAAGAUUAAAGCAUCUACCUGUAUUUGAUUUAUUGACCAUUUCCUAGCAAGAUAUUUUAUUAAAAAGUGUGGUCCCUAUGCGUCCCUCUACAUAUGUGUUUUCUUCCAUGAUUCAAGGCCAGUAAUGUAAAAUCCUUGUAGUCAACUGUUUUAAGCAUGUAAAGACAUCUGAACAGUCAUGUUAACUAGCGUCCAUUCAAAUGCAUGUUGCUUAUUGUUAUUGGUCAAAUUUCUCAUUAGUAUAUAUAUUUAGAGAUUUAAAAAAAAAAAAUUAUGAAUAUAUUUGCCUAACAUUUCGAAUGAAUUUUUUUGUAUAAGUGGAUAUGACUUGCCAAAUGUUAUUCAACUACAACAAGCUCAACCAAGUUUAACACUUAAUAGUAGCAGAUUGUAUAUCAAUUUAUCAAUAAAAGCUGAUUAAAAAUUA